GGUCACAUGAAGCCUCUGAGUGCAUGGUGUCAUGCUCUCCUGUUUCGACCGCAUGUGGAUGAGGAAAUGCUUCAUCUCAAAUUUCCUGUGUGAGGCUGCAGCCUCCGACAGCACCCAGGAGCAGACAAUAGAGAGCCUACCUGAGCCGCAGAUCACCUGUGAGGAGAGAAGAAGCACACCUGUUGUUUUCGACGGUUGUCUUCAAUCAGAAAACAGGAUGGCAUACAGAGGCACCGUAAAACCUUUCGUCAACUUCAACGCCAAACACGAUGCUGAAAUCCUCCAUAAAGCCAUGAAAGGAUUGGGUACGAAUGAAGAUACAAUCGUCAUGCUUCUGACUGCCCGCAGCAAUGAUCAACGCCAGCAAAUUAAGGCAGCGUACAAAAAGGCAUACGGCAAGGACUUGGUCAGCGGUCUGAAAUCGGAGCUCGGUGGGGUGUUAGAGAGUCUGACCGUGGCCUUGAUGACCCCGCCUACCUUAUAUGAUGCUUCCCAACUGCACAAGGCUCUCAAGGGUGCCGGGACUGAUGACAACGUGCUGAUUGAGAUCCUGGCCUCCAGGACUGGGGAAGAAAUUGAAGAUAUCAUCAAAGUGUACAAGAAAGAGUUCAACACAAAGCUGGAGAAAGAUAUCUGCAGUGACACCGCAGGACACUUUCAGAAACUACUGGUGAUCCUCCUGCAGGGGAGCAGGGAGGAGAGAGUCAACGAGGAGAAGAUUGAGAAAGACGCUAAGGACUUGUUUGCUGCUGGUGAGGGCAAGUUUGGCACAGAUGAGGAAACAUUCGUCACAAUUCUUGGCAACAGAAGCGCAGAACAUCUCAGAGAAGUGUUUGACGCCUAUAAGAAGCUAUCUGGCUCUGAUAUAGAGGACAGCAUUGAAGGAGAGACCACUGGGAAUUUGGAGAAGUUACUGGUAGCCAUUGUGAAAUGUGCCAGAAGUGUGCCAGGGUUUCUUGCUGAAGGCUUGUAUAAAUCUAUGAGGCGUGCUGGAACUGAUGACAACACCCUGAUGAGGAUAAUGGUGUCGAGGAGUGAGGUGGACAUGUUGGACAUCAGAGCCUGUUUCAAAAAGACUUAUGGAGUGUCUCUUUACUCCACAAUCCAGGAGGACACAGCUGGAGACUACCAGAAGGCUUUACUCUAUCUUUGUGGAGGGAAUGAUUAAUGCUGUUUUACAAUGUGUUUAGCAGCACUGAAUGAUGAGCUGCCACGGUACUGCGGGACAAAGCUACUCAUGAGAUGAACUUAUUGAUCUGGAGUUGUUGAUUCUUUCUGACUUUAGCUUGAUUUAAUUAGUGUGAUUUAUCCACUUGUCAUUUUUGACUCAUGUCAACAUCCUCUGCGUGAAGAGAGUGCAUUGACUUAAACGUUUAUUUAGUUUUUUGUUUAGACACAUUGUAUUAGACAUAAUUUAAACAGAAAACAGCUCAGUUAUGAGUUAAUGUGCAGUUUUGAUUUGAACAUUGACAAGAAAAGUAGCUAUGUAUGAAAUAAUUUUAUUUAACACUUACAUUCUUUUGUGCUGUGAGCCUAUUUUUUGUCAGAUUUACACAUGUAUGUUUUACACAUAUAUGUUAGCAGUUGUUUUCAGUGCUCCCACAGUAUGUGUUAAAAGCAACUUAGAAAAUACAAUACUGCUGCUCAAUUAUUAAACCUUACAUUUCGACAGCGCUCCUGCUCUCAUCAAUUACAAAUGAACUGCUGAUCCAGACUUGAAUUGCAAUGCAAUAGUGAGUGAUUAAUAGGUAAUGGGACACUAUUAGACCUUUGUUGACUCAUAAACAGAUCUGCUGCCUCCGUGUCUUUCGGCAUGAACAGGCCUGAUGUCUAACAAAUUGGGUCUUUAGAUUCAUAGAUGGGAAAUGACUUCACUUUUCUAGAGUUUUACCACAGGGUGGCAGCACAGUCUGGAACAAGCAGGCAUUGUUGUCUGCUGUUUUCAUUCACAGUGAAUUGCAGUUUUUCUCAAUUGCUUUGGCACAAUCAUCAAAUUACCGUUAAACUUUGUCAAACUACGUGCUAUUAAUACGAACAUUAGGUCAGUUGUUCCCAUAACUAUAGUAAUUUGUAAUUGCUUUGGCACAAAAUGACACUGGCAUUGUCACAUCAGAUGACACUGGAUGACCCAUGAGGUUGAUACCUUUGCAGCAUAAUUUCUUUUUUUGGCACAUAUUGUAAAGCAGUUCCUGUUAAUUUUGCUGUUGUAUGUCUUUU